CCCGAUACGGGGCGUCCUAUGCUUCAGACGGCCAUCCCAACUUCAUUCCUUCGACUCAAUGUGCAAUAGAUAGACAGAAAGACAAUCGAUUAUCGCCCUCCCCUGUUCAAGAUGCCAAAACAACACGCCUUGUUUGGGCGGCCGAUUCGGCUUGCUCCGCGCCGCGUCUCGUUCCUCCUCUUCAGUCUCGGCCUCUUCGCCUUGUUCACACUCUUUUUCACACUGCCGAGCGCCAUUCCCACGGGCCCAAGCUUGUCCAAGUCGAUCGCGGACGGCAAGGCCUCGAUACCCAAACUGAAGAACCCAUUCUCGUCGAGCAUCCUCAACCCGUUUAGGCCAGUGGUGCAUCCACCCGCCAUCCAGAAGAACUCGACGUACGGCGGAAGCAGCUGGUCCACGCAUUGGACGUGGCUAAGCCCCUUCUCUUCGUCCGUCACGCUCGACGAAAACCGCUCGCUGCUCCCGCCGCUGAAAGAGAGGCCCCCGAUCUACUGCUACUACGACACCAGUGCUCAGCGCGACAAGGCAACAAAGGAUGCCGAGAGCGACCUACUCCUCACAUGGCGGCGCGCAUGGUGGGCACAGGGCUUCAGGCCCAUAAUCCUCAGCCCAGCCGAGGCCAUGAGCAACCCGCUGUACGAUGAGCUGCAAAGACAAGAGGUGGAAACUCUCUUCAAAACCGACAUGAUGCGCUGGUUGGCUUGGGAAAACAUGGGCGGUGGCCUUCUGGCACACAAUCUACUUUUCCCCAUGGCGGCCCAUGAGGAUCCCCUGCUCUCCUUCCUUCGACGAGGAGAGUACCCCGGCUUGAUUAGGUGGGAGGGUUUAGAUGACGGACUCUUUGCCGGGUCCAAAAGCGAGGUCACGGCAGCGGUUAUGACGGCUUUGCGAAGUCCGGAGAAAAGGGGGGCCAAGUCCUUCAUUGAAGCAGUCCCGGCCGAGACCUUCGCCGUCGACAAAACCCACGACGGUGUAGCCUUCUACAAUACGAAGACAGUGGAGAAGCUGUACAGCCAGGUUGCCGAUGCGAUCGGCACCAACAGGGCCGCGGGGACGAGCAGUCUGAACACGCUCGUCAACUCGCACCUGCACGUCACUUGGCAGGAUCUCUUUACCAGGGGGAUCGCUGUGCUCAAGCCACUGCCGACGCACACGACAUUUAUGAUAGAACCCGCAUUGAAGCUGGCUACAUGGCUCUCCAUGUGCCCCGACACCCCUAUGCCGUCGUCUUGCCCUCCCAACAACCCCAAGUGCUCCCCUUGCGUAGCGUCGCAUCCUAUGAAGAUAUCCACGCCCGCCCGCUACCAAAAUACCACAGGCCUCUACACCAUUGGGACCGUGCCGCACCCCUACACUCGCGGAACUCUCAACUCGCUUAAGGACACCAUCGACGUGCCCUGGAUCCGCCGCGACAUGACGCGCGAUCUCUGGCUGGCCGAACUGACCAAGGAGCUCCUCGGAACCGGCCUGUCGGCCAGCGCUCGCAUCCUCACCUUUAAGGAAGCCGUGGCCGGCGAAUACGCCACGUCUCACUCCGUCUGGUUCACCGCCGAGCGCGACGAGCCUCCGCACGACCUGGACUGGUAUUUCGGUUUCAGAAUCCCCGUCAACGCCACGGACGGCAAGUCGGAGACGCCCGUGCCCGGACCCGAACGCAGACCUAAGCCGGAGCACGACCCCAAGGACGGCCCCAUCCCCAAGGAUGACGAAUUCGCUCGGGAGCCGGAGCUGUUGAAGCGGGCCAAGGAUGUCGGCAAGAGCAAGCUCGAGAAGGACGUCAAGGUGCGAGAAGCCAUCGAGGCGUGGAACCUGGCCGACACGGAAGCGUGGCGAUUCGCCAGGGCGUUCUUGGCGAGGGCGAGGGUGGAGAGACUGAAAUGGGAGGAGGAGGAGAGCAAGUAUGCCGGAGGUGCGGGACAUGAUAAGGAGAAGAAGCGGAGUGCGUGGGGACGCUGGGGAGAAUGAUCGGCGCUACGGUUUGAUUGUUACCAUGCCCGGACUGUAUACUAUUUGGUCGUGUUUUUAUUGUGUGGAGCAUGGAGUUCUAAGGGAAAGGGACUGACUAGAUCUUGGUAGAAUCUCAAGAUAGCAUUUGCUAUGUUCACAAGUGCUCAAGUGUAUGGCGG